CUCAGAAGGCUUAAACGUUUUGUGUCAGAUUCUUCUGGUGUCUCCCAGUCGAAACAUGAACGAAGAGCUCGCAUGAAUUCCCGUCGAUUAUCUCUCCAGGGAUCAAUCGCCGCCGUGCCUACUGAAGAUUCUGAUUGUACUGGGAAGGAAUUAGUGUUUUCUUUCGGGUGUUUAAGAGAAAUGGUAUUAUGCAGUGCACCAGGUGCAAAUUGACUUUGGUUCCCCACUUGUCGAUUGGAUCAUCGCGAAUUUGUAAAGAGAUUGUGAUUUGGUUGAAAUGUCCUGGGGACUGGGAUGGAAGCGGUCAUCUGAGAUUUUUCAUUUGAAACUGAAUUAUGGUUCAGAAGAGGAUGUGGAGAAUCCUGAGCGUGUUUCCUCGUCUUCGUCGUGUUCUUCUUCUUCGUCGUCAUCGUCAUUAUCGACGACCAUCUUGACGCAGGGUCAUGAACUUGGAUUUCGGAUUGAUUUGGAUUGGUCGGCUGGGGACGAUGAAGAUCAGGUGGCUCUCAGGCUUCAGUCUCAGCUCAUGGUUGCCUUGCCGGUGCCGCAGGAUGCUGUGCAGGUAGAAUUGAAGUAUCAUGAAGAAGCAGAUAAUGUGGAUGUAGAUAUGAGGGUUUUGAAGAGGAGGGAACCUCUUAGAGCCGUGACGAUGACGAAGUCCGCGGGAUCGGGGCAGCAGAAUGAUGGGAUUGGUGUUCUGACGCGGUUGUUUAGGUCGAAUGUGGCACCGACGACGCCAGGGGCUGGCGAGGGGAUGAUUGAUUGCGGCGAGCACUGGAAAACUGUAACCAUGCUCAAUCUUUGUGGCUGUGGUUUGUCGGCAUUGCCUGCAGAUUUAUCUCGACUGCCACAACUGGAGAAAUUGUACCUUGAAAACAAUAAGCUAUCAGUUUUGCCGCCUGAGCUUGGUGAGAUCAAAAGUUUGAAAGUUCUCCGGGUCGAUUCCAACUUUCUGAUUUCCGUACCUGUAGAAUUGAGGCAGUGCGUUGGGCUGGUGGAGCUAUCGUUGGAAUACAACAAACUCGUUAGGCCUCUUCUCGACUUCAGGGCUAUGUCUGAGUUACGUGUUCUUAGACUAUUUGGUAAUCCCCUCGAAUUUCUUCCUGAAAUUUUGCCAUUGCACAAUCUACGCCAUCUUUCUCUUGCAAAUAUCAGACUUGUGGCAGAUGAAAACUUGAGAUCUGUGGAUGUUCAAAUAGAGAUGGAAAAUAACUCUUAUUUUGGUGCAUCUCGACAUAAACUUAGUGCCUUCUUCUCCCUUAUUUUCCGUUUUUCUUCCUGCCACCACCCUUUGCUGGCAUCUGCCCUAGCAAAAAUCAUGCAAGAUAAAGGAAAUCGUGCAGUUAUUAGUAAAGAUGAGAAUGCAAUUCAUCAGCUUAUAAGUAUGAUAAGCAGUGAGAACCGUCAUGUGGUUGUACAAGCAUGCUUUGCUCUUUCUUCUCUUGCUGCAGAUGUUUCCAUUGCAAUGCAGUUGAUGAAAGCAGACAUAAUGCAGCCCAUUAAAACUGUUCUAAAUUCUGUUUCACAAGAUGAAGUAAUUUCUGUAUUGCAAGUUGUGGCUAAGUUGGCUUUCACAUCCGACACUGUAUCUCAGAAAAUGUUGACCAAGGAUCUUUUGAAAUCCCUGAAAUUUUUAUGUGCCCAGACAAAUCCAGAGGUGCAAAGGUCAGCUUUAUUAACAGUUGGAAACUUGGCAUUUUGCUUAGACAAUCGUCGCAUUCUAGUUACUUCUGAACAGUUGCGUGAACUACUCUUACGCUUGACAGUUGCACCUAACCCACGUGUGAAUAAAGCUGCAGCUCGAGCUUUAGCAAUCCUUGGUUUGUUUUUUUGAUCUAAUUCAACUUGUACAUCUGAGUUUCAUGUCUUCACAAUCCAUUCAAAUAGAUUUUUUUUUUUUUUUUUUUUUUUUUUUUUNCCAGUAGCAAAACAAGGACUGCGAAUACUCUCAAUGGAUGGUGGCGGCAUGAAAGGUUUGGCAACAGUUCAAAUACUUAAAGAAAUUGAGAAGGGAACUGGAAGGCGGAUACAUGAAUUGUUUGAUCUUAUAUGUGGCACAUCAACUGGAGGCAUGCUAGCUGUUGCCCUCGGUAUUAAGCAGAUGACUUUGGAUCAAUGUGAAGAAAUAUAUAAAAAUCUCGGAAAACUCGUCUUUGCUGAGCCUACACCUAAGGACAGUGAAGCUGCUUCCUGGAGAGAAAAGCUGGAUCAACUUUACAAAAGUUCUUCACAGAGUUUUAGAGUUGUUGUCCAUGGAUCUAAACAUAGUGCCGAUCAAUUUGAGAGGCUAUUGAAGGAAAUGUGUGAAGAUGAGGAUGGAGACCUAUUAAUAGAAUCUGCAGUUAAAAACCCCCCGAAAGUAUUUGUCGUGUCAACCUUGGUGAGCAUGGUACCAGCUCAGCCUUUCUUAUUCCGCAAUUAUCAGUAUCCUGUUGGAACACCGGAGGUACCUCUGGCAAUUUCAGACAGUUCAGGAAUUACUGUGUUUGGAUCACCUUUGGCCAGUGCCCCAGACGGGUAUAAGUGCAGUGCUUUCAUCGGAAGUUGUAAACACCAAGUUUGGAAAGCCAUAAGAGCAUCAUCCGCUGCUCCUUACUAUCUUGAUGAUUUUUCAGAUGAUCUAAAUCGCUGGCAAGAUGGAGCCAUAGUGGCAAACAAUCCUACUAUCUUUGGCAUAAGAGAAGCACAGCUUCUAUGGCCUGAUGCGAGAAUUGACUGCUUAGUUUCUGUUGGCAGUGGCUCUACUCCAAUGAAGGUGAGGAAAGGUGGGUGGCGUUAUUUGGACACUGGACAAGUGCUUAUUGAGAGUGCAUGCUCUGUGGACCGAGUGGAGGAAGCCUUGAGUACGUUAUUACCCAUGCUGCCUGAAAUACAUUAUUUCAGGUUUGACCCAGUGGAUGAACGAUGUGAUAUGGAACUGGAUGAGACUGAUCCAGCAGUCUGGCUGAAGUUGGAAGCUGCUGUUGAGGAGUAUAUCCAAAGUAAUAAUCUGGCCUUUAAGAAUGCCUGUGAAAGAUUAAUCAUGCCUUAUCAACAUGAUGAAAAGUGGUCGGAGAACGUCAAUCCACUUCAUUUCUCCCGGGUGAUGGCAUCAUCAGCAGAUGAGAAUAGCCCUUCUUUGGGUUGGAGACGGAAUGUACUACUGAUUGAAGCUUCUCAUAGUCCUGAUGCUGGAAGAUUUAUGCAUCAUGCCCGUGAACUUGAAGCAUUUUGUUCCAAAAAUGGAAUUCGAAUAUCCCUUAUGCAAGGAACAUCUGGGGUUUUGAAAACUGUACCUUCAUCAACAUUCCCAACCCCUUUUACAUCACCAUUGUUUACUGGAAGCUUUCCAACAAGUCCACUUCUGUAUAGUCCUGAUACUGGACCACAAAGGCUUGGUCGAAUUGAUAUAGUUCCACCUUUAAGCUUAGAUGGUCAAUUGGGUAAAGGCGCAGCAUUCACCCCAGAGUCUCCUUCAGGACCCAGAGAACUCUCCUUACCUGUACGGGUAUUGCAUGAGAAGUUACAGAAUUCACCCCAAGUGGGCAUUGUACAUUUGGCCCUUCAAAAUGACUCAUCGGGCUCAAUAUUAAGUUGGCAAAAUGAUGUUUUUGUAGUCGCAGAACCAGGAGAACUUGCAGAGAAAUUUCUACGAAGUGUUAAACUCAGUUUGUUGUCAGCCAUGCAGAACCAUCGUAGAAAGGGUGCAUCAUUGCUUGCCAAUGUCUUGACUGUGUCUGAUCUGGUGGCACUCAAGCCCUACUUCCAAAUUGGAGGCAUUGUCCAUCGUUAUUUAGGACGACAAACCCAAGUUAUGGAGGAUAACCAGGAAAUUGGGGCUUACUUGUUUCGUAGAACGGUUCCUUCCUUGCACUUAUCACCUGAUGAUGUUCGUUGGAUGGUUGGUGCUUGGAGGGACAGGAUCAUUUUCUGCACCGGAACUUAUGGGCCAACCCCAGCUUUAAUUAGAGCCUUUUUGAAUUCGGGGGCUAAAGCUGUAAUAUGUUCUUCAAACAAACCCCCUGAAAUGCCAUCGACAACAUUCCAGGCAGGGGACUAUGAUGUCAUUGAAAACGGGAAGUUCGAGCUUGGCGAAGAGGAGGGAGAAGAUGACGAUGUUGAGCCUUCCAGUCCCACAAGUGACUGGGAAGACAGUGAUGUUGAGAAAAUGGGAAAUUAUUCUUUGGAUACCUGGGAUGACAAUGAGGAGGAACUUUCACAGUUUGUUUGUCACUUGUACGACUCGUUAUUCCGAGAGCGUGCAAGUGUAUACGAUGCCUUACGCCACGCUCUUGCUUUGCAUCCGAAGUUGAGGUAUACAUGCCAUCUCCCUGGUGUCCAAUAAUAUCUUGAUCAAUCUCACUGAUGUUAAAAAAUAAAUGAAAGGUUUAUAACAUAGAGACACAAUAGUCGGCGGUAGAUGGUUUUUAGUGGAGUAUAGAGAAUGUUCAAGAAAAUAAGAGGGAUGAUCCAAUUUUGAGGCUUUCGCUGUGUUCAUUAUAACUAAUAACUAUUUUUUGAAUGCCAUAGUUAUAAGGCACUCGAAAGGUUUUCUGACUGCUCUUAUUUGUUCAAUUAUAACUUUGUUUAGACAAAUUUAAAUGUCAAUGGUCAUAAGUCCUCUUCUUUUAGGACUUCUUGAUUACCGUGGUUGUAGUUUGUUACUCGAAGGAAUGGUCCAGACUCCAUUGGGAAUGUGUGUUUGUAAGAUUGCAAGUUCGAAUAUGAAAGUGGAAAGAAAUGCUAUUUUAUGUCA